AUGGCGCAAAAAAUCAGAACCGACGAUGGCUUCCUGCGGGUGAUACCGCCUCCUGGCCAUGAAGCGCCAUUGCCUAAAGAAGGCGAGCAAAAUGUCCUUGUGACCUCUGCUUUACCUUACUGCAACAACGUUCCUCACUUGGGAAAUAUCAUUGGAAGUACUCUCAGCGCAGAUGUCUUCAGCCGGUAUAAUCACGAAUACGGCACAGCGACCGAAACACAGGCCUUGAAAGAGGGAAUCACUCCCCGUGAACUAUGCGACAAAUACUACGUCCUUCAUAAGGAGACAUACGAAUGGUUUGACAUCGGUUUCGACUUCUUUGGCCGUACAUCUACGCCUCACCAUACCCAAAUUUGCCAGGAAAUAUUCCUGGAUCUUGGAAAAAAUGGAUUCUUGGAGAAACAGGAGAAAGAGCAAACAUACUGUGAGGGCUGCCCAAAAUUCCUCGCCGAUCGUUACGUCGAAGGAAUAUGCCCGCACUGUGGUUACGAAGACGCUCGCGGCGACCAAUGUGACGGAUGCAGCCGCACACUAGAUGCAAUCGAGCUUAUCAAGCCUCGCUGCCUUGUCGACAAAACCCACAUUGUUACCACCAAGACCUCCUCGCACAUGUACCUAAGGCUGGAUGCGAUCCAGCCACGUACGGAAGAGUGGAUCAAGCAGUCGUGGAAAGCGGGAAAGUGGUCGCCGAACGCAGUGAUCAACUCAGACGGAGAGCUGAUCGACGCGCGACUGAAGAUGGGGUUACUGCCUACGCCGCUGACGAGAGAUCUCAAGUGGGGAGUUCCUGUCCCCAUCGAAGGCGAAGAUAUCCAUGGGAUGAAAGGGAAAGUUCUCUAUGUUUGGUUUGAUGCUCCGAUCGGAUAUCCAAGUAUCACGGCAAACUACACACCUGAGUGGAAGCAAUGGUGGUUUAAUCCCAAAAACGUCGACCUCUACCAAUUUAUGGGAAAAGAUAAUGUCUACUUUCACACGAUCUACUUCCCUUCGGUCCAGAUUGGUGACGGUCGGGAUUGGACCAAGUUGCACCAUCUUUCAACUACGGAAUAUCUGAAUUACGAGGGCGGAAAGUUCUCCAAGAGCAAAAAUCGCGGAGUUUUCGGUCCUGCUGCGAAGGAGACUGGCAUUCCUGCCUCUGUAUGGCGGUACUAUCUGCUCUCGUCUCGACCAGAAACGGCAGACGCCAUGUUCUCUUGGACGGAAUGUAUCGCCGCAAACAACAAUGUGCUCUUGAACAACUUCGGAAACUUCGUGAAUCGUGCCCUCAAAUUCGUUUCGUCACAAUUCAACAGCGUUGUUCCGGACAGUGGGGAUGCACCCGGCCCAUAUUCUCCCAACGAUUCUCUAGAUUCUGAAUUCAUUACAGCGGUUAAUGGUCUCUUGAAAGAGUACAUAGAUGCUAUGGACUCCGUGAAGAUCCGCCUCGGUCUGCAAACUGUCAUGCUGAUUUCCAUCAGAGGAAACAACUACCUCCAGUCAUCCGGACUCAACAAAGUACUUAUCGCAUCCAAUCCGACCCGCUGUGCCCAGGUCAUCUGUCGUGCCGUCAAUCUUAUCUACGCUCUAUCUGCCCUAAUCCACCCCUUCAUGCCCGCCACUUCGGAUUCUAUUCUCGCGCAGCUCAACGCCCCAGCCCGCGCUGUGCCUGAGGUCCUCUCGAGUGACAUCCUCGGGGGACACAUAAUCGGCACCCCAGAGCAUUUGUUCAAAAAGAUCGAGGAGAGCAUGGCUGAAGUGUGGCGCAUCAAGUUCGGAGGCAACGACGCACAGGCUGCUGCUUCGGCUGCUGGCACGCCCGAUCCAUUGAAGGCCGUUCCUGGUCAGCCAAAGAAGAAAGGUGCGAAGAAAGGUGCUGUCGCCUCUUCGGUGCCACUCGGGCCCAAGUCUCCAGAAGCACUGGCCCUUGAGGCAAAGGUAGCAGAGCAGGGUCAGAUUGUCCGUGAAUUGAAGGCUAGGACACCAAAGACACCCGAACUCGAUGCAGAGAUCAAGGUUACGGUGGAAGUGUUGAAGGGACUGAAGGCGGAGCUUGAAAAGACUUUGAAGCAGUCAUAG